AUGGACUACGCGGCUACUCUAAAGCAUCUAGCAAAGGAGGCCGGUAUACCUAUACCUCCUAAUUCCUUUUCAAAACCUAGUGUUGGUCGUUCACCGUCUCUUAACAAAAGUAAAGGAUUAAGUAAAUGCUCAAAAUGCGGAGAGACGCGCACUGGGAUAGGCUGGUGUCGACCAUGCAAUACAGCUAAACUCAUAGCUCAAUUUAAGAAUUGGACAAGCGGAAAUGAAGAACUAGACCAGUUUAUCAGAGAUACCCAAAUAAACGCAAAUACGCCUUACGAUUAUAUUCGUUGGAUUAACUUUGAUAGUUUUUCGGAUCUCAAGUUUAUAGCGAAAGGUGGUUUGGGUUCAGUUUUUUCAGCGAAAUCUGAAGCAUGGGGUAAAGUGGCGCUUAAAUUUCUUGAUGAAGCGGAGAACUUGGCCCGUGACUUUUUGGAAGAGGUUCGAGCAUAUCAUAGAUGUAGUCUUGGUUCAGGGAUUGUCGAUUGCUAUGGUGUUAGUAAAGAUCCGGAAACCAAUCGAUAUGUAAUGGUAAUGCGAUAUGCAGACCAUGGGAGCUUAAGGAAAUAUUUAACAAAAUUUUUUACCGAAUUAUCAUGGGAUGAGAAGAUUAUAUUAUUUGAUCGCAUUGCUAAAGGUCUUAAGGGCAUUCACGAUGUAGGAAUGAUCUCUUACAAAUGGCGAUUCCUUUCUGACGGUAAAGCUCCAUUCCAAGGUCCAAAAACUAAGAAAGUUAGGACCGGCACUGUAAAGUCAGUCAUCACGAAUUCUGGUGCUGUGCACCCACAAGCUUUCUACACGAGUCGGUUGCUACAUUAUCCGAAUUUACCCGAACCUCAAAAUUCAGAUACUUUUACGCUUUUUGACUCCACAACCGGAGAGCUACAUGUAAUGGUUCGGAAACAGAAUACUAAGAAAGACCCUUCCAGGUCUUCAACUUUGCCUCCAUCCGACACUGGUAAUAUUGACAAAGGCAAAGAGAGAGCCAGAGAAGGCCUUUCUCGAAGAGAAUCUGUUAAAAUUUCACAUCAUCGAUGGUCUUCUAUCAUUAACGAAAUUCCAAAACAAGUUGAACUCUACAAAGUAGACGAUAAAGAGAAACAAUCUUAA